GCGGGGCACGGGCGGCAGCUGAGCCCUCGGCGCGGCGCACCCAGGUCCCCGCCCUGCGGCGCCGUGACAGGUGCCGAGUUGGCGCUGGAACCCACCUGCGGCGGCUGCCGGGAUGCCCCCCAUGCGGAGGACAGUGUCGGAGAUCCGCUCGCGCGCCGAGGGUUAUGAGAAGACAGAUGAUGUUUCAGAGAAGACCUCACUGGCUGACCAGGAGGAAGUAAGGACUAUAUUUAUCAACCAGCCUCAGUUAACAAAAUUCUGCAAUAACCAUGUCAGCACUGCAAAAUACAAUAUAAUCACAUUCCUUCCAAGAUUUCUCUACUCUCAGUUCAGAAGAGCUGCUAAUUCGUUUUUUCUCUUUAUUGCACUGCUUCAGCAAAUACCUGAUGUGUCACCAACAGGUCGUUAUACGACACUGGUUCCUCUCUUAUUUAUUUUAGCUGUGGCCGCAAUCAAAGAGAUAAUAGAAGAUAUUAAACGACAUAAAGCUGAUAAUGCAGUGAACAAGAAACAGACACAAGUUUUGAGAAAUGGUGCUUGGGAAAUUGUUCACUGGGAAAAGGUGGCAGUAGGGGAAAUAGUGAAAGUGACCAAUGGGGAGCAUCUCCCAGCAGAUCUCAUCAGUCUGUCCUCCAGUGAGCCCCAGGCCAUGUGUUACAUUGAAACAUCCAACUUAGAUGGUGAAACAAACUUGAAAAUUAGACAGGGCUUACCAGCAACCUCAGACAUCAAAGACAUUGACAGUUUGAUGAGAAUUUCUGGCAGAAUUGAAUGUGAAAGUCCUAACAGGCACCUCUAUGAUUUUGUUGGAAAUAUAAGGCUCGAUGGACAUGGCACUGUUCCCCUGGGAGCAGAUCAGAUUCUUCUUCGAGGUGCUCAGUUGAGAAAUACUCAGUGGGUGCACGGAAUAGUUGUCUACACUGGACAUGACACCAAGCUAAUGCAGAAUUCAACAAGUCCACCACUUAAGCUCUCCAAUGUGGAACGAAUUACAAAUGUACAAAUUUUGAUUUUAUUUUGUAUCUUAAUUGCGAUGUCUCUUAUCUGUUCUGUGGGCUCAGCCAUUUGGAAUCGAAGACACUCUGGAAAAGACUGGUAUCUCAAUCUAAACUAUGGUGGCGCUAAUAAUUUUGGGCUGAAUUUCUUGACUUUCAUCAUACUUUUCAACAAUCUCAUUCCUAUCAGCUUGUUGGUUACAUUAGAAGUGGUGAAAUUUACCCAGGCGUACUUCAUAAAUUGGGACCUUGACAUGCACUAUGAACCCACAGACACUGCAGCAAUGGCUCGGACAUCGAAUCUGAACGAGGAACUUGGUCAGGUUAAAUACAUUUUUUCUGAUAAAACUGGUACUCUCACAUGCAAUGUAAUGCAGUUUAAGAAGUGCACCAUAGCAGGAGUUGCUUAUGGCCAUGUCCCUGAACCUGAGGAUUAUGGGUGCUCUCCUGAUGAAUGGCAGAGCUCACAGUUUGGAGAUGAAAAAACAUUUAGUGACCCAUCAUUGCUGGAAAAUCUCCAAAAUAAUCAUCCAACUGCACCUAUCAUUUGUGAAUUUCUUACAAUGAUGGCGAUCUGCCACACAGCAGUGCCAGAGCGAGAAGGGGAGAAAAUCAUUUAUCAAGCCGCAUCUCCAGAUGAGGGAGCACUGGUGCGAGCAGCCAAGCAGCUGAAUUUCGUUUUCACGGGAAGAACACCCGACUCGGUCAUUAUAGAUUCACUGGGACAGGAAGAAAGAUAUGAAUUGCUGAAUGUCUUGGAGUUCACCAGCGCUAGGAAAAGAAUGUCAGUGAUUGUUCGUACUCCAUCCGGGAAGUUACGACUUUACUGCAAAGGAGCUGAUACUGUAAUUUAUGAACGACUUGCAGAGACUUCAAAAUACAAAGAAAUUACCCUAAAACAUUUGGAGCAAUUUGCUACAGAAGGUUUGAGGACAUUAUGUUUUGCUGUGGCUGAGAUUUCUGAGAGUGACUUCCAGGAGUGGCGAGCUGUCUACCAGCGAGCGUCCACAUCUGUGCAGAACAGGCUUCUCAAACUGGAGGAGAGUUACGAACUCAUUGAAAAGAAUCUCCAGCUACUUGGAGCUACAGCCAUUGAGGAUAAAUUACAAGAUCAAGUGCCUGAAACCAUAGAAACGCUAAUGAAAGCAGACAUCAAGAUCUGGAUCCUGACAGGAGACAAACAGGAAACUGCCAUUAACAUUGGACACUCCUGCAAACUUUUGAAGAAGAACAUGGGAAUGAUUGUUAUAAAUGAAGGCUCCCUUGAUGGAACAAGGGAAACUCUCAGUCGGCACUGCACUAUCCUUGGGGAUGCUCUUCGGAAGGAGAAUGAUUUUGCUCUUAUAAUUGAUGGGAAGACCCUCAAGUACGCCUUAACCUUCGGAGUCCGACAGUACUUCAUGGAUUUAGCUUUGUCAUGCAGAGCUGUCAUUUGCUGCAGGGUUUCUCCUCUACAAAAGUCUGAAGUUGUUGAGAUGGUGAAGAAGCAAGUCAAAGUCAUAACGCUUGCGAUUGGUGAUGGGGCAAACGACGUCAGCAUGAUCCAGACAGCCCACGUGGGUGUUGGGAUAAGCGGCAACGAGGGCCUGCAGGCAGCUAAUUCUUCUGAUUAUUCCAUAGCUCAGUUCAAGUAUUUGAAGAAUUUACUGAUGGUUCAUGGUGCCUGGAACUAUAACAGAGUCUCUAAGUGCAUCCUGUACUGCUUCUACAAGAACAUAGUCCUUUAUAUUAUUGAGAUCUGGUUUGCCUUUGUUAAUGGCUUUUCUGGACAGAUCCUCUUUGAAAGGUGGUGUAUAGGUCUUUAUAAUGUGAUGUUUACAGCAAUGCCUCCCUUAACUCUUGGGAUAUUUGAGAGAUCAUGCAGAAAAGAGAAUAUGUUGAAGUACCCUGAAUUGUACAAAACAUCUCAGAACGCUCUGGACUUCAAUACCAAGGUUUUCUGGGUUCAUUGUUUAAAUGGCCUCUUCCACUCAGUUAUUCUGUUUUGGUUUCCACUAAAAGCCCUUCAGUAUGGUACUGUAUUUGGAAAUGGGAAAACUUCUGAUUACCUGCUGCUGGGAAACUUCGUUUACACCUUUGUAGUGAUAACUGUCUGCUUGAAAGCUGGCUUGGAGACAUCAUACUGGACAUGGUUCAGCCACAUAGCAAUAUGGGGCAGCAUCGCACUCUGGGUGGUGUUUUUUGGAAUCUACUCAUCUCUGUGGCCUGCUGUUCCAAUGGCCCCUGAUAUGUCAGGAGAGGCAGCCAUGUUGUUCAGUUCCGGAGUCUUUUGGACAGGUUUGUUGUUUAUCCCCGUGGCGUCGUUGCUGCUGGACGUGGUGUACAAAGUUAUCAAGAGGACUGCUUUUAAAACAUUAGUAGAUGAAGUUCAGGAGCUUGAGGCAAAAUCUCAAGACCCAGGAGCAGUUGUGCUUGGGAAAAGUCUCACCGAGAGGGCGCAGCUGCUCAAGAACGUGUUUAAGAAGAACCACGUGAACCUGUACCGCUCUGAGUCUCUACAGCAGAACCUGCUCCAUGGGUAUGCUUUCUCUCAAGAUGAGAAUGGAAUUGUUUCCCAGUCUGAGGUGAUUAGAGCAUAUGACACCACGAAGCAGAGGCCGGAGGAGUGGUGAUGGAAGGGACUGAGAGGCAGGCCCUCCUGUCUCUGAGGAGAGCUACCGCAAUCUAAGGUCGUUGCCGCAGUCUGCUGACCAAUUCCAGUCUGGUCCAUGGAGAGGAAAGGUGGAUCUGAGCUCGUCUCGCUGAUGGACCUUCAGAUUCAUGUACAUUAGAGACAUAAGCACUGUGCAAUCACACUAUGACACCAUCUCUCUCAGAUUCCUUAGAGAAUUUGCUAAGGCUUUGUAAAGAGGAAUUGAAAAUGACCUUGUAUCUUGCCAGAGUGAUUUCUUAAGCUGAGGAGAGGUCAGUAUUCUUAUACUGUUGAUGGGGGACUGUAACUAUCAGUUCAUUAGCUAUACCACAGGCAACCAAUGAUGGAAAAACUCUAGAAUGAAGUUAAGUUAAAGGGACUUUUGAUAUCCAGACUUAGAUUUCAGGAUAUGCUGAAACCAGCAUUCUUAAAGAACUUACUCACCUUACUGAGUAUUUCUAAACAAGGCAUUAUUACGUGUUUGUGUCAAAAACCAUCCGAUAAAUGUUUGCCAAAGAAGUUCAGUAAGUGUAUUUCUCAUUCAGUAGCCAUUUGCCCAGAAAUUUUAAGAGAACGUUUACUUCCAGUUCUGCUGUAAGAUCUAUCUGCAUGCUUGACUUUUCAAAUGUGAGAGUGACUUGCAAAAAUGAAUAUUUCAAGGCAUUUGCUACUAAAAUCUGUGAUGUCGCACCUUCAGCCUUACAAGUGCUUCUUUGUCUUGUUCAAGUUAGAAGGCACAUGUGUUAAUGUGACUGUCAUUACAAUACUGAUUUUUAAACUUGCAUUUGCAUCUCAUUCAUCUCUGAUAGUUUCAUCAUCCUUUAGAGUUUUCUAAAAAUCUGGCUUCUGCUGUGUCUAAAUGAUGUCAUUUUGUCUUAAAGUUUCCCCUCUGAAGAAAAUUAUGCUUACAUAUUUAUGUGGGGUUUCCAAAGCUUCUGUCUAGAUGUUUGGAAUAAUAUGUCGGAUAAGUGCAUGGGCUUUUGUAAUGUACAUAGGCUCAGCUUUUGUAAUGUGUUUUGGUUCUCACUGCUGGCUCCCACUAGAGAUGCCUGCUGAUUUACGUAGCAUACUCAGUGUUAUGGUGGCCGUCCCUUUACUUCAGCCCGAAAAUUAGUUCACAGUUCACUUGCAUUUAUCAAGCUGAUCCUCAGAUUAGUCAUGUGCUACUUACUGGGACAAAUAAGGAGUGUAUUUUCCCCAUUUUAAAAAUACAUAUUUUACUCAGACCUGUUACUUUAUAGUCAAGGAAGGCUUUUCAUCCUGGGUAUGGUUUACUUACAUGUUUUAAAACAUAUGUUCAGUUUAAUAAUUUUCAGCAUUUCCAUGACAUCGGAAAAUGCCUAUUUUGCUACUAACAUACAGUAAAUGGUGAAGGGGAUGUUUAAAAACCACAAGUUUUCUAUACUAUUUUUAAAUAAUGCUUUCGUUUAAAAAGAAAAAGGAAUUCUAGCUUUGAGAUAUACUUCAAAGAUUGAAGCAAACUUUUUUGCCUUUUAUUCAAAAGCCUGUUUGCCUUUAAGUGGACUUAUCAGCAAACUAGAUAGAACUUUAAAACAAAAAUUCAGUUAGAAUUGAGAAAGGUGACUUUUCCAAAUUGCCCCAGGUUUAAUCGUUUCACAUUCUUUUCCCCUUUUUCUAAUCUAGAUUUAAAAUUUACAUAUAUAUAUAUAAUUCCUUUGUAUAUGCAGCUGGUUACAAGUAUAAAUCCACAUUUUCUGCAAAUAACAUGAAUAAUACAUACAAGUAAUACUAAUCUAAAAAGAAUAGGGAGUUUAUCUUUCACUUCUCAGACUCUUCUCAUUUGAGGUUCAGAUUAAGAAAAUCAUGAAUCAAGACAUCCAGCAAGACUACAGAUAUAAGGUCUAAGAUCAUCUUCAAAGUUCUGGAGUUGCAGACUUUGUCUACUGGAUGGAUCUUCAGAGUACAUUUUCCUGGACCUCUAAACGGCGAUAGUUGAGGUCAAACCACAAAAAUCAGCACGAAUGAAGAGAGCUGCUUCCAUUUGCUCUCAUCAGUUGCAUCCUUCUCCAGACUUUUAUUGGCAAAAUACUAUGAGUAAAGUAGAAUUGAAUUUUCUGACUUAAACAUGAAAAUAAGUUUUAUUUUCAUUUUGAAACAUGGACUGUUUCGACAGUGCUCUUCAACAUGAAAAGAAUACUCAUAGUUAAUCAUUGAACACCAUGCUCUGAAAUGUGAUGGAUUUAUGCCUAUUUGUCCAUGAUCCAAUUUUUGAAUUAUGGACGUUAGGCCAGUCUUUGCUUAUCGGGUGAAGGUAGGGCAUACGAGGUAAGGGAUAACCACUUUACUAAAACUUGAAAUACAGCAUUAGAGUUGCAGUGACUUUACAGUUUUACUAAAAUUAGAGAAAAUGCUCUGAGUUUUAAUCUUCCUGAAUUGGGGAGAAUAAAAGACAUAGUUUUACUAGGAUUAAAACAACCAAUCAAAGCGACUUUUACCAUUUAUUUUCUAAAAUAAAGAACACAUACUCUUCAAUGUAAAAGUUUGUUGUAGAGACUCUGGCAAAUGCUAACAUAGUUUCUGUAUAAUGUUUACAAUUCAGAAAAUACUCCUUGUAAUACAAAACCUUCAUUCCUUUAGCACUGAAAUGCUGGAAGUUGCUUUAAUGUUGAAUACUGCACAGUGGUACUGAACAUGGACUUUCUAAAGAUUUUAUAUAUUCAUAUAGGAAUAGAUCAGUGGCUCUUGCCCGGGAAGAUGUAGAGUUUAUUAGCAGGAAAACUGUUUCUCAGGAAUGAAGUAAAUUUAAAAUGCGAAGUGUGCUCCUUCCCUCUCCAUGCAUUUGUGCUCUUCUUUUGCACUGGGCGGGAAGGGUUAGCAGUGUUGGGAACUCACUGGAAAAGCUUCCCUCAAAUUAGGUGCAUGUGUAUUCUGCUAAAUGAAGAUAGCCACUUACAUGGAUUGUACGGUCAUUGAGUGGAAUGAAAGAGUCCUCUUAAUUGUCCAGGGUGGGAAGGAGGGAUAAAUUACAGAAAUCAAUCAUCAUUUAUCCUCAUCAUAAAUUUUAACAUUUUAAUUUUUAAAUUCAGCAUUCUGAAUAUCAACUGUGAGAGUCACAUGCUAAGUUCUUCUGCAUUGUGUGUACUGUAUGAUAUGUAUAAAAUGUUCUUUCAGAAAAAUGAAGGCUAAUCGGAAAGUAAAAGAUUAUAUAUUCGUAAUUUUUAAAUUACUUGUGUCGUAAGUAUUACAAAGCCACAUAAUCAUUAAGGCUUGUUUUCAUGCAAUUGCCCUUGAUAGUUCUUGGUUUUGAAACUUAUUUCAUUGACUCUACCUUUAACCUUAUAAAUAAUCAUCUGCAAAAUUUAUCAAGAAAAUCCCCAGCUAUUUACAUCACAAUGAGUAGCUGUGGAACUCUUUUUGUAAAUUACUUACGGAAACACCAUGCAGUUCAGUGCCUAAUAAAUGCUUUUUAAUGAUGAACGUUUGUAUAAUGUCUCUUAAAGUAUCAUCGUCUGAUUUUUCUCACAUUAAAACAACUGAAGUCACUUGUGAAACUUACUGAUACUUUGCUACAUUUUAAUUAACCUUCAACAGCUAUUAAAGUGGAAUGUAAGUUAGAUUUUGAAGGAAAUGAAAUAAAUGUUUUCCAUUUUUCACCUUGAUUUAUUUUCUGUUUGAGAGCAGCUGUGUUUUUGAUAGGUUUAUGGUUUGCAUGAAUUAAUAUUUAAAGUGACCCAGGCCAAUGCAUGACUAUUGCUGUAAAUCUUGAUGUUUAUUUCUGCCUUACAAAAUUCUAUCAUGGCCUACCUGGAAUUUAAUAUUCAGUGGGCAAAUUAACUGGUCCUCCACACGUCUUAUUUUUAAUAAGUAGAUUAUUUUACAAACAAAUUUGAACAAAUUUAAUUGAAUCUUUGUUUAGCUUGCCUCUAAGAACUUUUCUUAAUAAAGCUUACAAAACUUCUCAGCAAAUAAAUCUCCCUUAAGUAGGUGAAAAAAAAUCUCGAUUUCAUAUUUGCUUAGUUUGAAUUAACAGCAAUUUUCCAUAGGUAGUCUACUCCUACAAAGAUGUGAGCAGAAUAUUAAAAAUAUAUAUAUUUUUAUGUUUCUUGGUUCUAGAAUAGAAGCCAUAAAAGUGGUAAAUACUGUUUGUUGUUUAACUCCUUCGAUCUUUGUUUUUUACAUUUUCAGCUUUAUUAGGUUAAAAAUAAAAAGGCAGCCUUGGAAGGCAGCUAUGGAAAACUGCAGUUUGCAUUAAAGAUAAAAGUAGUAUUUUCAGCUCCAUGAAAAACCAUUCCUGCUGAAACUGCUGUAGAAAUUGUGAAGCUGCAUGAGUGGAGAGUGUUGGUUCUAUGAUUGUGUAGUUUUCUCAGGUUUGUUUAUCUUGAUGUUCAAUGCACUGUGUUUUAUAAAUAGUUAUUAAAGUUGAGUAUAUUCAUUUCUAUGCAGUGUUAUGUGUCAUUGGCCUUUUGUGGAUGUGCAUGUUUUAAACUGCAAAUUUUGAACAUUUUGUCCACUAAUUGUUAUUAAAAAUGAAAUAAACUUUACCAUUACAUAAA